AUGGGCCCGUCUCGCGAAGACGCAAAUGCCACUUCCCAGGACAAUCUUCGACUAAAUCUGCGCAUUGACAGCCAGUAUCGCGUCCUGGAUCUCUCGGGUGGUCUCCCUUUCCACAUCGUCUACGGUCCGCGCUACCGAGGCCGUUCCCGUUCCGACCCCAGCCCGUCCCUUCUGAUCGACACGUCUGGCUCGGUAUUCGAUGUCCCCUACGCUCUCACUCACUGCCUGAUGCAUCUAUACGAGAGCCAAGCCGCAAAUGCCGAGCGUCAACAAAUCGAUCUGAGUCGCUUCGACUGGCCACCCGGGAAAUACAACAUCGUGACGAUACAUGCGAGACCUACCGGCUCCGCGAUAUACACGUACGAUAAGUAUCUUUGUCCCAUCACUAUCGACAGUGAGCUCGCAAAACUCUUCAAGACUGGGAUCUGGUACUCGGUGGAACUCGCUAGUGCUGACUUGGGCGUCAAGUGGUGGGCAUUCGAUGACGGCGGCAAUGAAAACCGCCCAUCCCGGCGGGAGAACGAGGGAGAAUCCGCAAAGCUGGUAUGUGGUAAAAGAUCCACAGGACGAGCUGCUUUCCGGGCAUUUACGUCCGUAUCACUGCCUCCCCCCGUAUCGAUGCAUAUGCAAGUGAUACCAGGACACGCCCAAAACCACAACGCGACAAUAGAGUUCACCUUCACGAACCUUGGCUCAACCCCCAUCACCGUCCAGUCGAAUGGGCAUCAGCACUUCCUGACGGAAUGGGGACCGUAUCAGCCCGAACAUGGGGAGGAUAGUCGAGACAGGCUCCUGGCUAUUCCCGUUGCGGAGGGAUGUUCCGGUGUCGACAAUGACGACGAGAACAAAGGAAAAAAGAGCGCAAGGAUAGGUAGAACGAGUCUAGUCGUUACCAGCGUCGAUGAUGCCAAGCAAGUGCUCCAUCGUUUCCGGCUUCCCGUGUGUGGUCCGCUGGGCGGUAGCUCCAAGUCGAGGCCUAAGAAGCGACAACUCGUUGUUCUCGAACCAAAUGUACCGGUUAGGCGGAUGGAGAAAUGGGCACAAGAGGGUGGUGUGUAUCGUGUAGAAGUGGAAACAUUGGGCGUAUGGUGGGCGGACGGCCGCUUAAAGGAGUCGUAUGGCAAGGAUGAGGAGAGGGUUACGGAGGAUGAGGAGAUACCGAAGGAGUGCUUCGAGGCUCGGAUUGCUGCGUUGAGGUUGGCUUGUAAGGAUGUUGUUGAAUUGAGGAUGGAUGACGGGGAAUUCUGGCCUGUUUCUUGA